GAGGCUGUCCGGAGGCCGGACUCAGCCAAUGGCAGCGCAUGCCGCAGCUCCUCCUCCUCCCCUGGCCUGCCCCAUACACCCAGGCUGCUCCGCAAGCUCCGGCCCAGGAACGUGCUUCCCCAGACACCUUCCCCAGUUCUGACAUGACUUCCUGCGACUUGCUGACUUCCACUGCCAGCUGCCACAAGCGGGGUCCCAGACAGCCCUGAGGAGCAGCGGCUCAGGACUCUUGGAGGAGGGGGUGCUCCCUGGACCUGCUUUCACCUGCUUUUGUGAGCAGAGGAUUAAAUAUGGAGCCUAUUCUAUAAAGCACUCAACAAGCUUUCUUUCAACUUGGGAAAUUAUUUUGAUCCUUCCUUUGCAGUGGUGAGCAGUACUUGGGUCCACCAUGAACUGGGGGAUCUUCGAGGCGCUCCUGAAUGGGGUCAACAAGUACUCCACCGCCUUUGGGCGCAUCUGGCUGUCUCUGGUUUUCAUCUUCCGCCUGCUGGUGUACUUGGUGACGGCUGAGCGUGUGUGGAGUGACGACCACAAGGACUUCGACUGCAACACCCUCCAGCCAGGCUGCUCCAAUGUCUGUUUUGACCACUUCUUCCCUGUGUCCCACGUGCGCCUCUGGGCCCUGCAGCUCAUCCUGGUCACGUGCCCCUCACUGCUGGUGGUCAUGCACGUGGCCUACCGCAAGGCUCAGGAGAAGAAGCACCAAGAGGCAUUUGGGGAAGGUGGCGGGCGCCUGUACCCGGACCCGGGCAAGAAGCGGGGUGGGCUGUGGUGGACGUACGUCUGCAGCCUGGUCUUUAAGGCCAGCAUAGACAUCACCUUCCUCUAUUUGUUCCACUCUUUCUAUCCCAAAUACAUGCUCCCUCGUGUGGUCAAGUGCCACUUGGCUCCCUGUCCCAACACAGUGGACUGCUUCAUCUCCAAGCCCUCAGAAAAGAACAUCUUCACUAUCUUUAUGGUGGUCACGGCCGCCAUCUGCAUCCUGCUCAACCUUGUGGAACUAUCCUACCUCGUGAGCAAGCGAUGUCGCGAGUUUGUAGUGACAGGGAAAGCACAGGCCACACCCAUGGGGCAUCACCCAGGCUGUGUCACAACGUCUUGCAAACAGAGCGACCUCCUCUCAGGCGACCUCAUCUUCCUGGGUUCUGACACUCACCCUCCGCUCAUGCCCGACUGCCCCCGAGACUACGUGAAGAAAACUGUUGUGUGAGGAGCUGCCUGGGUGGACCUGUGGGGUGGGUCUGGCCUGGGAGGUCCUGGCUUCUCUCACAAGUAUAGUCUGAGGCUGGAGGAGCAGGGUGAUGAGUUGGAAGGAGGACUCCGACAGCAUGGGGCCCAAGUCCUGGCCCCAGCUCUGGGGACCUGGACUGCCCUGUACCUGUUUCUUUUGCUGCAAAAUGCUGAUGUAGAGGACAACCACAUGGGGGUGGGGUGGUAGGGAGAUGUUUAG